UUCAGGCUGCUGGUGGUGUAAUGGUGUUGGGGGUAUUCUCUUGGCACACUUUGGGCACUUUGAAUGUUGUAUAGACAUUACAGCAUACCUGAGUAUUGUUUCUGACCAUGUCCAUCUGUUUACAACCCAUCUUCUGAUGGCUGCUUCCAGAAGGCUCACAAACUGUUUUCUUGAAAAUGACGACUUCUCUGUGAUCAAAUGGCCUCCGCGGUCACCAGAUCUCAAUCCAACACAGCACUUUUGGGAUGUCCUGGAACAGGAUUCAUAUUAUGGAUGUGCAACUGACAAAUCAGCAGCAACUGUGUGAUGCUGUCACGUCAACAUGGACCAAAAUCUCUGAGUAAGGUUUCCAGCACCUUGUAGAAUCUUUGCUUCGAAGAAUUAAGGCAGCUCUGCAGACAAAAGGUGGUCUAACAUGGUACUAACGCAGCGUAUCUAACAAAGUGGCAGGUGUAUACUAUAAACAUGUAUAAUUUGGCUAUUUUACACAUAUUAAGCAAAGGUAAUGUAAAGAUUUAGUUCCUCAAAUGCCGAGCUACUCCUCUGGAGCGGUUUAGUUGUGGGGAGAGGGUGGUGAAUUUUUGUGGAGAAAAUAAUUGCAAAAUGUGCAGCUAUGUGUGUGUGCCUCUUCUGGAGGGAGGAAGAUGGUUUUUACCUACAUAAUAAUACACUGCAUUCACUCUGGUGGCAUCCCGCCCCACCAUCACCACCACCACCAUCCCUCCCUCCCUUCCAGCCUCCUUCUCUCUCUGUCUCAGUCUCAGAGUUUCUCACAGAGGAUCUGCAGAAUAAUGGAGUCACAUCCUGCAGCAGGUCUCUGUGUCUUCAGCAGAGCUUUCAGCCCAGCGUUCACCAGGCUGGAACUCAUUUAAUUUGGGAUCUGCAGGUCACUGUAAAGUUUCCUCUCUUUUUUUUUUUUUUUUUUUAACUCACAGCACAAGGACUUCUUUCUUAUGUUUUCUGCGUCAUGUCUUUUUACGUCGUCUGACUUUUUCCGUGUUUAGAUGUUUAUAUGAGGGGUUUAACAGGCCCACCGUGUUUUUUCCAACAUAAAUCACAUUUUUUUCUACGUUUCAGUACAGCCCGCUCACUGUUUACCUAUAACGGGGAAUGGGAGGACCUCACUAGGUUUUUCAAGUUGUAGCUAGAUUCUCUGGAAGCGGAUAUGGGACAGUCUUUUGCUCCACACAUGGGUGUUUCGGGGGUGAAGGCACGGGAGCUGUGUUGCUUUCGGUAAAGUGCGCCGCUCAGGUUGUUGUUUGAAGGAUUUGCGACAUGGGCUGAGCUCUUGUGACGACUCUGUUCUCCUGAAAGCUGUUCGCGUAUCCGAGGAUGGACGGCGGAAAACGGAGAUAACGUUUUAACUUUCCGGACAGACUUGUUAAAAAACGCCACCUUUACACGAAGAGAGCGCGCGCACGCCGGCAAGGGACACCAGAGCUCUCCGAGCGCACCAGACUGGACCUGAAGAGUCACGAGAAAUUUCCAAUCACUUAAUUUUUACAGUGUUUUGUUGCAGUUUUAUAUUUUUCUUUUUAAAUUAAAACAGCCGUUUUUUCUUAGAUGCAGUAAGUUAAAUGUAGAUGUUAAAGAAUAAAUAAUGCGUCCUUGUGUGUUUGGUGCUUGGCGCAUCUAUGAAAAUGUUAUAAAACUACAAAAUCAGAAGUGUGAAGUCAGCAGAUGCGGUUUUCCUUUUUUACAUGACGCGGUUUUGACCAAAAUAACACAUUAGAGCUGGAUUUUUAAAAAUAGUUUAUUGAUCUAAGUUAGGAAGGCUCUGGUUUCACCCUCAGUCUCGCAGUUUAAAUCAUUUUACGCACACGUUUCUGCGCGCUUGGUUUGGAGACGCAGCUUGUUAGUCAGAGCCCACGGCGCUGAAUUAUCUCCGUCCUCGCACCUCCCCGGACAAUGUGGCUUCCCCGCCUCGCGCUGCUGCUGCUGCUCCGGUUCUCCGGUGUAUUCCUCGUGGAGGGCUUCAACACCUGCCAGUCCAUCAACCUGGACGCGCAGAAGUCUCGACGCAUCGAGGCGGUGCGCGGUCAGAUCCUCAGCAAGCUCCGCAUCCGCAGCCCUCCAGAUGACGACGACGAGCCACCACCGAGCUCGGUGCCCCCGGAGGUCAUGCUGCUGUACAACAGCACGCGGGAGCUGCUGAAGGAGCGCGCGCGCCAGGCAGAGUCCGCGUGCGAGCGCGAAAGCAGCGAGGAGGACUACUACGCCAAAGAGGUGCAGAGGAUCGACAUGCUGCCCCCCCGCACCGACACAAAUGCGGUGCAGCCAACAGCACCCAGCCCCCACUACAGAGUCGUCCACUUUGACGUCAGCGGAGUCGACCUGACUAACAGCACUCUGGUCAAGGCUGAGUUCAGGAUCUUCAGAGCCCCCAACCCACAGGCCCGGGCCUCGGAGCAGAGAGUGGAGCUCUAUCAGCUGCUAAAGCCGGAUGAAGACAGCACAUCCACUCAGCGUUACAUCGACUCGCGCACCGUUCAGCCAAAAGUCAAAGGAGCCUGGAUCUCUAUGGAGGUCACAGAGACUGUAAAGGACUGGGUGUCAGAUCCAGAGAAUAAUCUUGGCCUGAAGCUGGGCGUCCACUGUCCCUGCUGCACCUUCGUCCCAUCCACCAACAACAUCGUUCCCAACAAGAGUGAGGAGCUGGAGGCCCUGUUUGCUGGCGUGGAUGAUGAGCGGCUCCGUCAGAUGAGGAAGCCCGGUCAGGUGAAAGGACAGGCAGACUUCAGCACCAAGACGCCACACCUCAUCCUCACCCUGCUGCCCAGCGACAGAGUGGAUAACCCGGCCAGGAAAAACCGCAAGAAGAGGGCGGCCGCCAUCGACACCUCAACCUGCUCCCGUGGCUCGGACCAGGGCUGCUGCCUGCGCUCGCUCUACAUCGACUUCAGGCGUGACCUCAACUGGAAGUGGAUCCACGAGCCAAAAGGUUACAAAGCCAACUUCUGUGCCGGCAACUGUCCUUACCUCUGGAGCGCCAACAACCACUACAACAUGAUUCUGCCCCUCUACAACAAGCUGAACCCCGAGGCCUCCGCCACACCCUGCUGCGUUCCUCAGGACCUGGAGCCCCUCACUAUCAUGUACUUCAUAGGCCGCACACCGCGUGUUGAGCAGCUCUCUAACAUGGUUGUGAAAUCCUGCAAGUGCCGCUGAGGGAGGCAGACAGACUGAAUUCAGGACCAAAGCUACAAACUGCUUCUCUCAGGGGGGGACACACUGAUCCUCUGUUCAUUAAGCUUCGCACCUCAGACUCAUGAGAUGUUAUUUUUUUAAUGCUACAUGACUCCAGUAUCAGGAUUUUGCUUCCAAACUUCUCCUCUUCACGCUCUGGAACUUUCUGUUUGACUGGAACACUGUAAAUACGGCAACACGGCUCUAUUAAACCUGUACUUGGAUAUUAAAAUGAAACGGGGGCUGCUGUGCGCCUGCUGCAUGAAAAGGAUUCUUUUUAUCGGGAGUUUGAUUCCCCCUCCGUCGUUCUCGUGCGGCCGUGGGCAGCGAGGGCAAAGCUGACAUGUUUGCUUUAGGUUUGAAGGUGUUGAUGGGAGGGAGGCGGUGUGGAAAGGUUUGCAGGCUGACUGAGAUCUUUAGGCGAAGGAGGCCGGGAACAGAUAGAAAAGAGAGAGAGGAGCUGUGUCCAGGCAGAGGCCCCCGCCAGCUCUCUGCGGUCCCGGGCUGAAAUCUGCCCGGCGUAAACAGGAUGUGAAAGAUUUCCAGACACCGACCCGACCACUCACGGAACGCCAGAUUUAAACGCUCCCCUCAUCUCCGCUGUCGCACUCUCUCUCUCUCCCUCUCUCUCUGGUGCUCAAAGUUCUGGGAUUUGUGGUGGGAGGAGAGAGGGAGAAAAGAGAGGCUUUGAAAAUGAGACGUGGGAUGAUAGGGCUGUAUUUGGAAAAGCUGCAAGUUUGGAAGGUGGUAUUUUGCAGCCUUAGCAAAUUUGUAACUAUUCGGGUCUGGCUCAAACGUUUCAUAAUCGCACUCUCAUGCUCCUCUGGUGAAUGUGCCUUCAUUAUCUUUAUGUAAAAAGCUGUUGACUCAUUGCUGAGGUUGUAUUUUGUCAUACCUAUGUUUAUCAUCGCUCAGAGUCUCUCGCUCUCUCUCUCUACAGCCGAGUAUUCACAUUGACCACUUUUGAUAGAAUGUCUAAAAGCUGAAAAUAAAUUUUAAAAAAAACAUCCCCAGGGCUCAUUUUAAAUAUAGACUCUCUGGUAUGCCAGUGGUUUGUGUGUGAGAGCGAGACAGACAGCAACUGGGUGCGCGUGCGUGUGCACGUCUGCACUGUGUAUGUGUGUGAAUGUAGCUAGUGAGGUCAUGCGUGAUAGCACAGAAGUCAUUCCUGAGGUUUUAUUGUGAAUUUUAUUGUGAUUGUGUCUGAAAACAACAACAAAACAAACAUCUGCAGCAGAUGUUCUCUCUGUGACUUUGCUUAAAUGUAUGGGUGCAUGUGUUUUGAAAACCUGCUUGACAAUAAAGUUUUAGCUGAAUAGGAAGCGGUCCAGUACGAGGCUGUGACAACAACAUCCAGUUAUAGAAGUAUUAAGCGCGCCAGUGGUUUUUAUACUCUCACUGGUGUUACGCCACAGGAAAUAUCGCCUGCAAUAAAAUCGUGUAACUGGAUACUUCAAACAAUAUUCUGGUCAACACUUUAAGGAAGUGCUGUUGUAAAAAAGAAAAGAAAAAAAGUGCACAUGAUAGAUCUUAGAGAUUAGCUCAUAGAUACCUGAAUGUUUCACUUCAGGUGGAUUAAAUUAAACUUUUCUCUCCCCAGGUUGGCGUAAGUGCUUUUUCUUCACCGCUUUAUUCAACGAAUCCAUUUAUUUACUUCAAAGUUUACACAUUGUGCUCAUUCCCAGAUUUAUACUUUUACUAGAGUAACUUUGCAUAAGUCUCAGUUAAAAAUAAUCCUUAUUUAUCUGACACUGGGUCUGAUUUUAUCGUGCCUGAAAAAAGCUGUUUUAAGACUGUCUUCUGAUUGACUGUCCCUCACGAAUAGAGGGUUUAAACAGGACUCACAGUGACAUCAUGCAGAGUCAAAAUGAGAAAAAAAAUGUCUGGAACUUGGUGUUUAGCGCAGGGUGAAGCUGGGCUUUUGGCUCACAGGGAUUACUUGCACAUAGAUAUACGGACAGAAGCACUGAGCCACCGACACAUUACUUCUACAGGAGCUGCUCGGCUGUGGAAAUCCAUGCCAAGAAACUUCCGGUGCACAAUUUUUUGUGCCAAUGAUAAUGUCAGAGGAGGUUUUGAGCUCUGCAGUUAUUGAGUCAGCAGAGCGUUGGUGGUUCAGCAUUUGCUGACCCCGCUCUGGAUCUUUGCGUGGUCUGUAACUUCAUAGCUGAACUGCUGUGGUUUCGAAACGUUUCCAGUUUGCAGUAACACCGCUUACGGUUGAUCAUGGAAAAUGCUGGAGGGAAGAAAUUUCACAAACUUGACUCAUUUUAGAGGUGGCAUCCAAUUACAGCACCACGCUGGAAUUCAGUGACCUCUUUAGAGCGACCCAUUUUUUCCUGAAUGUUAAUAAAGGCAGACUGCGUGGCUAUAUGCUGGAUUUUGUACAUGUGAAUUCAAAGAUUAAGAGGCGUGGCCCACUAUUUUUAUUCAUAUAGUCUACUCUGACUUCACUGUUUUAAACUCUGGAUGUGAGCAUCCAGCACUUUAACAGUGUAUAUGACAGAUAAUAAGGAGAUAUAAGGAGUAUAAGCAUAACAGGUCCCCUUAAAUUUUCUUAAAACAGCAAAGUGAGCUGUUUUCAGAAUAUUUUGAAUGACUUGUAAGAAUUAGAGGUGGGUGGAUCAAUCCAAAUAUCGAUAGUAUCGAUACCAACAUUAGUAUUGGUAUCGGAACGAUACUAGCAUGAUUGGAUCGAUACUUUGCUUUUAUCCUUCAAGUUUAGUAUGUAGCCCGCUGAACUGUGUUAAUUAUUUCUUUGGAAAAAAUAAACCUCAAACAUGCAUUUUAAAAAAUGUCCGAACCUUUUUGUGUGCUUCAGAGACAGAAAAAUUUACAUUCCAGGUCUCCAAAAACCCAGAUUCAAAACACAUGAAAAACUUAAAGGUGUGUUAACUAAUUAUUGUGGAAAGUAACAAUCACAGUGAUAUAGCGGUGAUUAAAAUGUGUUCAGAAUUUGCAAAUUGAGAAUUCAUCUCAUAAGUCCUGGCACACUACUCUCCCCCAAUUAACUGCCUGAAUGACUUAAAAACAUUGGUACUGAUAUCGGCAAUACUGGCCCUGUAUUUAUUUGGUAUUGGAUUGAUACCAACAUUUGUAAUGUGGCACAGGACUACUGUGAAUGAGGCAAAGUGUGAAUGUUGAAUGUUUUUGUUGAAAUGUCCAGGCAAGUAUAUACAUGUUAAAUGACAAGAUAUAUGUGUUCAAAUAGCGUCAAUUAACACACAACGUCAGGUUUUUUAUUUCUAUAUGAUAAUUCUUCAUAAUUAAACAAUAAGAACAAGUA